AUGCCACUAGAUCUUGAAUUUCAAGAAAAAUGUUAUAAUACGAAAAUACUUUGCUUUAGUGAAUCUGAUGUUUCUGAUUCAUAUUCUGAUUCAUAUAGUGAUGAUAAAGCUAGGACUAAAAGUAAUAAAUCAAAAAAACAUAAACGUCGUAGUAGAUCACACAAAAGUUCUUCAUAUAAACAUAAAAAAUCAUCAUCACCAAAAAGUCAUAAAAAAUAUGAUUCUUCCUCAAGUUAUCCUAGUCCAAAAAGUCAUAAAAAACUUGAUUCUUCCCCACGUUAUCCUAGUCCAAAAAAUCAUUCAAGCGAGGAUGGAUCAGAUAAAUAUCAAUCUAAUGAUCUUUUAGAUGAUAAAACUACUACUGAUAAUUAUCCCUCCAAAAAAGAUAUGUCUGAUGAUGUGAUAGUUGGGCCUGUUCCAUUACCACUAGCCGAUGCAAGACUAGGUGAAAGAGAUUAUGGUGGAGCUUUAUUGGCAGGUGAAGGUUCUGCAAUGGCAGCAUAUGUUCAAGAAGGUAAACGUAUUCCACGUCGUGGUGAAAUAGGAUUGACAAGUAAUGAGAUUCAAUCAUUUGAAGGUGUCGGCUUUGUGAUGAGUGGCAGCCGUCAUCGUCGUAUGAAUGCAGUACGUAUACGUAAAGAAAAUCAAGUUAUUUCAGCUGAAGAAAAAAGAGCUUUAAUGUUGUUCAAUCAAGAAGAAAAAUCAAAAAAAGAAAACAAAAUUAUUUCAGAUUUCAGAGAAUUGUUGGCAGAAAAAUUACAAGGAAAAUGA